UUUUGAGGUUAGAAACGAUUGUGUAAUGUCAAAUAAUAAACAGGCAAUUUAAUAGAAUAGCCAGCAGGCUCCGCCGAUAUAUUUCACAAUAUUUCUUUUUGGACGGAAACUAAAAAAAACGUAGGCAACUUAUUAGCUGCUUUGGGCUACACAGCGACUAAAUUAUGGCUAAGUAUUUGGCACAGAUAAUUGUACUUGGCGGACAAGCUAUCGGUCGCGCUUUUGCGAAAGCGCUUAAGCAAGAGAUUGCUGCUUCACAGGAGGCGGCGCGACGUGGAGGUGGCGGACAGCAAGGCGAGAAGCGAGCUGAAGCUAAUGCUAGAACUGGCAUGACACUGGAAGAGGCGAAACAAAUAUUAAAUUUGGAUGAUUUAAAUGAUCUAGAGAGGAUUGUGAAAAACUAUGAACAUCUCUUUUCUGUAAACGAAAAAUCGAAUGGUGGCUCAUUUUAUCUGCAAUCCAAAGUGUUUCGCGCUAAGGAACGCAUUGACCAGGAGCUGAAACACCAAAUGGAUGCAGCGCGAUCAAAACAAAAUGUAACGCGAUGAGUUGCAAUGGCGUGAAGGAUGAUGACGCUUUCAAGAUGUGGUGCAUAAUUCUUAGGUGUCUAUAAAUAGGUUUAUUUUUCUAGAAUAAUUUAACGUAAGUCGAAAAAAUAAGGGUUUGAAAUAGCGAUGCAAAAACAAUGCAAAAUGUAAACAAAGCAAACACAAAAGCCAUCACAGAGGAAGGACAAAUAAUGACAAUAGAUGAAUAUGUGGCGUUUACCGCUUUGUUUUUGUGUACAAAUUGAAACAAUUGAAUAUUGUAAAUAUGUCAAAGAUUAUGUCCGAAAGCUGAAGAAAAGUAAUCCCACUCAUAAUUACAUCUUCAACUUUCACCCAUACAAAGUUCCUUUAUAGAUAAAAAAAAAAAUAUUAAAUUGCUUGUUUUGCUUCAUGAAUACAUUUAGUUUGUGCAAAAACUCAAAGACUACGGGUAUGUACUAUACUGUUAAGAUAUAACCCAGUGGUCGUGUGCCAUAGUAGUUUAAGUCGAGAUAGCUUGAGUAUAAUCAGGGCUACCACAGAUACUUUGAAUACAUACGUUCGGGCGAUUCGAAUUCUGUGAUCACCUUUUCGUAGAUUUGCCAGAAAUUCUGACUCCAAUGGAUUGUGUGAUAGCCACCAAUUACGCACUGAAGCCGAGCCAUCGAAGUUAAUAAUCGUAAAAGACAUUCUAGCAAGGCAAUUUACUUAUUGUCUCAUCAAAAUAUUCCCUGUUUAAACAACGGAAUGGUGCAUUAUAUUAAAGUCAGUCUCUGACCUAAGCUACUUUGCCACACGCAACUAAUUGUUGAGCGAAUAAAGAAGACGAAUAGUUAUAAAAUUA